GCGGGGGGCGGUAAUGACAGCUGCCCAAUUUCCGGUUCCGUCAGUGCCGGGAACCGAGUCGAGAUGGAGGAAGAUGCGACCGGAGGCCUGCAGUCGCUGGGGACGGAGGACAGAAUGGAGGCUGCAGCCUAGAGCUCCGGGCUUGGAGUCUGCCUCGGACGCGGCGGAAGCGCCGGAGUCUGAGAAGGCUUUUGGGCACAAUGGAGGACAAACGUAACAUCCAGAUCAUUGAGUGGGAACAUCUGGACAAGAAGAAGUUCUACGUAUUUGGUGUGGCGAUGACAAUGAUGAUCCGUGUCAGUGUCUACCCGUUUACCCUCAUCCGCACCCGGCUGCAGGUUCAGAAGGGCAAGAGCCUCUACCAUGGGACAUUCGAUGCCUUCAUCAAGAUCUUGCGGGCGGAUGGUGUGACUGGCCUCUACCGGGGGUUCUUGGUCAACACUUUUACUCUCAUCUCUGGCCAGUGCUAUGUCACCACUUAUGAGCUUACUCGGAAGUUUGUAGCUGACUACAGCCAGAGCAACACUGUCAAAUCACUGGUGGCUGGUGGCUCGGCCUCCCUUGUGGCCCAGAGUAUCACAGUGCCCAUUGAUGUAGUCUCCCAGCACCUGAUGAUGCAGCGCAAGGGUGAGAAAAUGGGCCGCUUCCAGGUGCGGGGGAACCUGGAGGGACAAGGGGUAGUUGCCUUUGGCCAAACCAAGGACAUCAUCAGACAGAUCCUGCGGGCUGAUGGGCUUCGAGGCUUCUAUCGAGGCUACGUGGCUUCACUGCUUACCUAUAUCCCAAACAGUGCUGUCUGGUGGCCCUUCUAUCACUUCUACGCAGAGCAGCUCUCCUACCUGUGUCCUAAGGAGUGCCCUCACAUUGUCUUUCAAGCCAUCUCGGGGCCCCUGGCUGCAGCCACUGCCUCCGUCCUCACCAAUCCCAUGGAUGUCAUCCGAACCCGUGUGCAGGUCGAGGGCAAGAACUCCAUCAUCCUGACCUUCAGACAGCUGAUGGCAGAAGAAGGGCCAUGGGGCCUCAUGAAGGGCCUCUCGGCCAGAAUCAUCUCAGCCACACCAUCCACCAUUGUCAUUGUGGUGGGCUAUGAGAGUCUCAAGAAACUCAGCCUCCGACCUGAGCUGGUGGACUCAAGACACUGGUAACCAGUGGCAGGGAGAGAAGCCUGCUGUUUCCCACACUACUUUGGGUUGGGGACAGAGUGGGGAGGAUAGCACCCUGUCCAAAUGUGCCCACUGCGUACCCAGCCCCACCCUGAGCCAUGCGGCCUGUCUGGAGAGGGACAGAGACUCUAAACUGCUCUUGCUAAAGAGACCCCAUGCCUAGUCCCUUGCCCUCACUUUUUAAAUUUUCUUGCUGAGCUGGGCUCCGUCACCCAGUCCCUGUACUCCGUCACCCAAUCCCUGUACUCCAUACUGGCCUAAGGACCCCACUUCCAGUCUGUUACACCUUCUUCUGGCUUCCCUUCUCCAUCUGUGUCCCUGAGAAGAGCUGUACAUAGGGCUUGCUUUCUACUGCUGAUUCUUCCUCUUGGGUUUUCAGUCCAGACUCCAAGCGGCUGCCAUUAGCCCUUUCCCUCUUCAUCUCUUAGGCUUGCUUACUUUUAUUUUGGGACUCAGCUGCCCACCAGACUACUCUGCUUUUCCCUGCCACUUGGGGCUAGGGUGCCAGGUACUUCUGCACAGGGAGCAGGAGCAGCAGAAGCCCCUGGUUCUCCAGAGCACUUGUCCCCCUCUUUGGAGGAAUUACUAGGUUGGGGAGAAAUGUUGAUACUUUAUUUUGUGUGUAUUUUUUUUUAACAUCUGUGAGCUAGGUUAUUAGUCCUGCUGAAGCACCAAUCCUGCUGUUAGAGCCACCCUUUCCUCAGACAGGUGCAAAAAUGUAGCUUUCUCCUCAACCCCAGUUCCCUAUCCCUUCAGUCCCAGUAAUCGUAGGACAAUAUAAGCUGUUGGCUUCCCCUGGCCCAGAGGGCUGUGGUGGGCACAGUUCUAAGUAGAUCAGGCCGUUUGGGGGGGCAUUGGACUUGGAGCACCACCCCGAAAAGUCAGGUUGAGAGAGUAGUUGAUAUGGAAGGUGACAUGAUGCGUGUUCCCCAGCUCAUCUCCCCAGGUUAACUGAGCCAAGCCUAGGACAAGACAGGGGAUGUUCUCAGCCCUGGGCAACCAUGACACACGUGUAUACCCCAAUCACUCAGACUCACAACAACAGGUAUUGUCUCACAAUAGGAGCAUCUAAGAUGUGGAACUAUUUGUGUUUUUCUUCUCCCUUGAUGUGAAGUCAUCCCAGUCAUGGCACCUUGUGGAGGGACGCUGGGAAGAAAAUAAAGAGCAGUUCAGGAGGUCACCCAAUACCAGGACCACUGGAUCCACCAGCCUGAUACUGCCAAGACUAUUUGUUGAUGCCCUCCUCAGGAACUAGGAGAUGAACGCUCCUUCUUCCCUGCCUCGUCCUCCCUACUCCCACCCCCCAGCCUAUGCUGCAAGCAGAGAACUGCAGCGAUCGAAGAAGGCGGCACGUCAGAUCCUGCACUUCUGGGACAUGUGGCCUGGAUGAGCCUCAAAACCUUCUUAUUGGUCCCACCCCUGGGAGAGGCUGUGGUGCCAAUGUGAAAGGUGCUAGCUACCUGAAGCCUUGCAAUUUCUUAUGGCUGCCACACUUUCUUUCACCCCUGCCAGAAUACAAUCUGAAAACCGUCUUUCUCUACCUUCACUGCCACCACUGUCCAUCUCAGUCCUGUGAGGGUUUCUUCCUCCUCUCACUCAUCUUCAGUCUGAGUUUUGUUUGUCCUUUCUACACUUUCUAAGAGUGUCCUAGGUUCUAUCCAUAAAGGGUUUGGCCCAAAGAUCGUUCUAAAUCUUCCUCUGCCUGCCCACCUCUCUACCCUAAGAACCACCGAUAAGAUGGAAGGGCAUGUCCUGUCUCUUCAGGUUCACCCUAGAGAGGCCUUGGGAGGUUGCUUUUCUCAGCUCCCCCUUUCCUCUCCCUGGAAACACAUCUUCAAUCCUUCCUCACUAUGGCAGAGGGAGAGAGCAUCACCGACGGGAGAUGGGACCCUGCCUCCCGUGCCUUUCCUCCUGUUUUACUAUAUUGUACAGUAUUUCACAGCCCUUCACACCUCGCCCUCUCAGAUACACAGUUUUAAAGGAUGUGUAUAAUCAAAGGGACCCUGGCCCGCACUUUCCCAUCUCAAACCUUAGGGACUGGGAUUAGGUUUGAUUAAAACAUACCUUGGAGGGGAUGGACUUCCAUUUUCCCAAACUGGAGGCCAAAGCAGCUGGGACUUUUGGUGUGUGGGUCGGUAACCACUGGAAGGAGCUUACAGGUCGAGCCAGGAGAACCGACUGGCGAAAUGAGGAAAAGGGGUAUUAAAAUGGACUCUUGUGAAUAUUAACAGUGAGUAGUCACUGUGGCGCUGUACGAAGUCUCUGACGUGUAAUUAAAAGUUUUUAUCGAGCCCC